AUGUCUAUUCCAUCUCCGCAACUAACGCCAGUCAAAACAUCAGCAUCUCCUUCUCCAUUUCCUUCAACGAACCCGCGAAAUCCAGUUGCGCUGCGGCUUCGCAAGAUCCUUGGGACUAACUUUACAGAUGAAGCCACCAAAGAUGCACUAAAGACGCUGUCUGAGCUCUAUGGCGUGCCAUCGCAAUCCAACGGCAGAAACGAAAAGCAGGUAACAUUGGAAUCGGACGACGAGGAUAGCAGCGACAACGAACGAAUAGACAGCGUUAACUUGGAUUCUCUUACGUGUGAGACGGCGUCUAGAGCUCGUAAACAUCUCCGGAGGGACUUGGAGAACAAGCUGGGGGAGGGAAGUCAUAAGUUCUUGACCGCAUUUGCUGAGGUAGAUAGGAAGCUUGAUGAACUUCAAACCCACGUUUCGACCAUGCGAGUAUGCUGUGAUGAUGCAGAGGCUCAAUUACUGCUUACAAGUACAGCAAGUAAAUCUCUGCUAGACCGCGCGGAGAGUCUAAGGGAUGAACGUAACGAGGUUGAAUCCAGGAAAUCAAUCAUCACCCUUUUCCUCUCCCGAUUUACCCUUACCCGGUCCGAAAUUGAUGCACUCACCGCUCGUGACGUGCCCGUUGGUCCAACAUUUUUUGCCGCUAUGUCCAAAGCAGAACACGUAAGAAGAGACUGUAGGGUGCUUAUGGUGGGUGAAGAUGGGCCCACGAAAGCUGGACUCGAUAUAAUGUCUACCACUUCUUCUUAUCUUGAACAAGCCUACGAUAAAAUUUCCCGAUGGUGUACGUUUGAGUUCAGGGAGAUCGGGCGAGAGCCGCACUUUGAAGCAUCCCCUGCUAUGCGUGAGGCUAUUAGGAGAUUGAAAGUCAGGGCUGAAUUACUGAGCGAAACAUUGCCCACGCUUGCACAUGCACGUUCCCAGACACUUCUCGCUGCGUUCACAAACGCUCUGACUCGUGGUUCUUCAUCCUCAUCUAUCGUCCCUUCCCAAGUAAAACAAUCAGAGAAGUCAAUGGAUUUCACUGGAACGAGGCCAAUUGAACUGCACGCGCAUGAUCCACUACGAUACGUCGGUGACAUGUUGGCAUGGGUACACCAAGCGGUUGCUGCAGAGAGAGAGGGUAUGGAGGGCCUGUUUGGCAUUGGGGAAGGAGAAGAGGGCAAUUACGACGACAUUGAUGAUGAAAUGGGGGAUUACGACACAGAAACGGAAUCGGGAGGAGAAGGCGUCGACGAUGAUGGCGAUAGCGAGGUCGAAGACAGAAAGAACAGACGAGUCGAAGAGCGUGCAAGGUCUUCGAACGUACGGAGAGGGCGGAUGGUGGGCGCUCCGCGAGUUUUCGGAUCGACUGACGAAGACGGGUGGGUUGGUGCGUUAGUAGACGGGGCUAUCGGCGGGUUAUGCGUACCAUUGAGGGCCCGUAUCACGCAAACCAUCCAAGCCCAAGACCAAUCACCUCUCACGUCGUACAAGCUCGCCAAUCUCAUGUCGUACUACGCGCUUACCAUGGCACGUGUCGUGGGGAAAGGGGCAAUAGUUGUUAAAGUUCUAUAUGCACUUACGGAAAUGGGGUAUAAAGUGUUCUUUGAUGGCAUAGAGGCACAAGGUAGGGCGUUGCUGAGAAUACCUUUGGACCUCGACGAUCCAGAUGUCUCGCCUCCUCUUCCCAUCCUCGAACAUGCACAGCGGUUGCGGGAAAUCAUGAAUGUUUACGACUCGUCACUUCUAGGUGACGGCGACCCUGUUCUUGACGACGAAGAUGUAUCCGAAACAGAGAGGAGUGGUUCCGAAUCUGGCCCCGGUGAAAAGUCUGCUACUUCGGCAAACUCUACAAUUUUUUCCGUAGUUCCCUCAAAGCGUAACUCGAAUCAUUAUACUUCAAUUCAACGUAUACUAGAUGUCAUGCUUGACCCUGCGGUGUCGAUGUGUCUUGGGGCUGCAGCUGAGAAGAAGCGAGUACGACCUCGGUGGGACGACGGUGUGUUUGGAUUGAAUUGCUUAGACUAUAUACAGACCUUAUUAGAACCUUUUGCGUUCACUGUCGACAAACAAGGAGAGUUGCAAGACAUGAUUGACGAGAGAGUUCAGGCACUUACAGAUGAGCACUAUGAAAACGUUCUAAAGGAUGCGGGUUUGCAUGAUGCUGUCGUUGCGUGUGAGACCUGUAGCUCGAAUGAUCCCCUUUCCCACAUCCCUGCAACUCAGCCCUCUGAGCUUGUCACUACUCUCGCCCGCUUCUCCCAGUGGCUCUCUGGCCUCGAAGUUGUUCAAUCCCCACGUCUCGCUCGUCUUUCACAACAGCGAUUACACGAUGCUAUUCACCAUGCUGCAUUAGCUCGCCUUGCACGUUCAUAUGAGCGGCUGUGCACCAUGAUAAGGGAUGUGAAGAGUAGAUAUGAGGCGCCUGGAACUUUGCUCGGGAGUGAAAGGCCCUUUGGGCAGGUGGCACUACUUUGGCAGAUAUUUGGACUCGAAGAGGAAGACUGGAGAGAAGAUGAGAUUGAGAGUGAGGGGCCGUAAACAAGACAGUCAGGAUUCAGAUAGUCCAUGCGAUAUGACCCUUCUGCUAUGAGUUGAUGCCUAACACACCAACGUAGCAGGUGUGCUUACUUUCAGUGACUGGUCUACUCCCUCUGAUGAACCAUGUAACAGACUCAUCUCGUAUAUACAGGUUUUUUAUGUCAUUUUUACUGCUUACCAGGCUUCUACUUGAUUGUCGGCAAAAUCACCACGACCUUUCUCGAGCAUAAUGGUUAUAGGCCAAGACUAUAUUUCUG